AUGCAAGAGUUGCACAAACAGAAGCUUCUAAAGAGAGUGCAUAGUUGUAAACUUGAGUUUUGCAAAUAUUGUACCAUGGGGAAGCAGUCGAAUGUGACAUUUAAGCAACAAGACAAGGAGAAUAGGAGCACGAGAGUGCUUGAUUAUAUUCACUCGGAUGUAUGGGGGCCUACACUGGUUAAAUCAUUGGGAGGAGCUCGCUACUAUGUCACAUUCUUGGAUGAUUUUUCUAGGAAGGUUGGGUCUAUUCCAUGA